GUUUGGAGCUCACUGCGCCUCGACUGCGAUAACAACAAUUCACUCAGUUGCUUCUCUCCUGUCGAUACAUAUACACGUAUAAAACGUUCACACUCUCGACCCACUAUCAUCAAGUGAAGAGGUCUUAGACCGGAAAAACACCCAAAAGAGCAAAGGUGAAAAAGAUCGGCCAUCGCCAUAGAGUCGUCGCCGAAAAUCUCAUUCCUUUCUUCGCGUCUUCCAGGGAUACCACCAGGGUGCCGUAGUAUCUCCCACCUUUCUCUCCCCUUUCACUUCUAACUCCUUCCUCUCUCUCCACGAGUGAUUAUUGGAUUCAAGUAAGGAAAGAACGAUACUAGAUAAACGAAAUGAGUGAACAUAAAGAUUUAGAAGCUAGUAUCCCUCUCAAUUCGAUGCCACGAGCUUCUGACGUGGAUAUGGAUUUGACUCAUGGUGAGAGGAUUGAAGUAAAAAUCCAAGAUGCUAGACCACCAAGUAAUCAACCGAAGAAGAUUGUCAUUCCCGCUAUCAUCAUCAUACCCAUUUGGAUGGCAUGUUCCAUUUCUGUCAUUCUGUACAACAAAUAUGUCUUUUCAAACCUCAACUUUCCCUUUCCUGUCUUCUUGACUACUUGGCAUAUGACCUUCUCGGCCGCCUCUACUCGUAUUCUGCAGCGAACGACCAACAUGGUAGAUGGCGCCAAGGAUCUCGACAUUAGCCGAGAUAGAUGGUUGAAAUCCAUCCUCCCCAUUGGCGCCCUCUUCUCGGGCUCAUUGGUGCUGAGCAACUACGCCUAUCUCACGCUUUCAGUGUCUUUUAUUCAAAUGCUCAAGGCUUUUAACCCGGUCGCUAUCUUGUUGAUCAGUUUCGCUUUCAAGAUCCAAGAACCCAAUGCCCGUCUCAUGAUGAUUGUAGUGAUGAUUUCCGUCGGUUGCUCAUUGGCGGCCUAUGGUGAAUUGCACUUUGAGAUGUUCGGUUUCCUCUGUCAAUGCGCUGCGGUAGCCUUCGAAGCUAGCAGAUUGGUCAUGAUUCAGAUUCUUCUUCAUGGUCUCAAGAUGGACCCUCUUGUUUCACUCCACUACUACGCUCCAGUCUGUGCAGUCAUCAACCUUCUCAUCAUUCCUUUCACCGAAGGUCUUGAACCUUUCUAUGCUCUUCAUAGAGUUGGUAUCUUGGUGUUGUUCUCCAACGCCGGUAUCGCUUUUGCCCUUAACGUGGCCGCCGUUUUCCUCAUUUCAGUCGGCUCAGGUCUCAUUCUAACUCUUGCCGGUGUGCUCAAAGAUAUCCUUCUCAUCACUGGUUCCGUCCUCGCUUUCGGAUCAUCCAUCACUCCUCUUCAAGUGUUUGGAUAUUCGAUUUCUCUAGGAGGUUUGAUCAUGUUCAAGACUACUGGAGGGAAAUGAUUUCAUCCCACACCUCUUCCUCUUUCACCUGAGGGCGCUCACAUACCUCUUCUCAUUCAGACACUUAAAACCUGUCUUCUCGUCAAUCGUUGCCUCUCCCUUCUCCCGUCUUCUUCCCAAACAGUCUCCCCGUAGUAGGGAGGUAAGACGGUUUGAAUACAUAUUAUUCUUGUCUUGGUUUUGGAUAUGCAUAUUAGAUAAAGUGUGGUUUC